UGCAGCUUAAAUUAUAAUCGUCUCUGGUCGAAUUUUACUGCAAGGCAAAAUGUCGAAUCCGAAGGUUUUCUUUGACAUUGUUAUUGGAAAAAUGAAGAUGGGCCGAGUUGUGAUGGAGCUAUAUAAAGAUGUCACUCCAAAAACUGCUGAAAAUUUCCGUGCCCUGUGCACCGGUGAGAAAGGGAUUGGAGUGUCUGGGAAGCCACUGCACUACAAGGGCUCAACAUUUCACCGCAUAAUCCCUAGCUUCAUGUGUCAGGGGGGUGAUUUCACGAGGGGUAAUGGAACUGGAGGAGAAUCGAUCUAUGGUGCGAAGUUUGCUGAUGAGAACUUCAAGCUGAAGCAUACUGGGCCUGGGAUUCUUUCAAUGGCUAAUGCUGGUCCUAACACUAAUGGUUCACAGUUCUUUAUAUGCACUGAGAAGACACCAUGGCUUGAUGGCAAACAUGUUGUGUUCGGGAAAGUUGUGGAUGGCUAUAGUGUCGUUAAGGAGAUGGAGAAGGUGGGCUCCGACAGUGGGACGACUUCCCAGCCAGUUGCUAUUGAAGACUGUGGCGAAUUAUCAGAGAAUUGAUGAUGAGAAAAUGUGGUAGAUAUUGAUUGGUAACCUAUUUGAUUUUUAAAGUUUCAUAUAUCUACCCAAAAUAUAUAGGGUUGGAUGGCUAUUGUGUAGUUAUUCUGCACUUUCGAUGCUGGAAAUGAGCUUGUUACCUGCAAUUUGAAUCCACCUAAUAAUUAAAUUGUAUCAUUGUUCAUUACUGCCUA